CUCCUUACUUUUUGGGCGUGCAUGCUACGCACAAUUUAAGGUUUGAUAGCAGCCCGUCUACGGGCUUGUCCUUUGUGAAUCCGAUAAGCUUAUCGCACUUAAGGUUUCAAGCUACGUCAACCCCCAGCUCACGAUCGACUGUUUUGGCGCACUUUUCCAGAUCUAUCGUAUCAAGAUGCGUCCAAAGCGUGCAGAUUACCCGGAAGUCUGCUGCAAGAAUCCUUAAAAUAAGGCAGUACACAGCAGUCCUACUUCAGUUUAUCUAAUCAAACAGUACAGCUUUCUUCCCUUUUUGUUCUUGGAGGCUGGAGGGGUCUCCUCGGUUAGCCGGGGGAAACCAUGAUAGUCCGAUUGGAGACCCCUUAGGGAAAGCUCGAAUCACCGCGACUAUGACCAAUUAACCCCUUGACAUGCAGGGCUAUCUAUUUUGUGAAUUCUAUACGGAAGAUGAGACCAAGCUCGACGCGCGGACAAGCCAUUGCUGUAUCGCUGACUAUGAAAGCUACGGCUGCACUCUACUGGGUCAUGUAGAACUCAAUUAACGAGAUCCGGAGUUCACCGGAGUUGUGUCCUGCUCUUUGGCUCAUUAUGCGUUCAUAGGUUGGAAUACGAUGGCAUCAUUGGGCUACGUUGAACUGUUCAGCCGAUUGUACAGUACAUCUACCUCUUCACCUAAGGGAGUUGUGCUAGGCAUGGCUCAUUUCAACUUUCGCCUCCCCUCCAUCCAUCCCAUUCAAAUCAUGCAGGAUUUUUGGCUUUUUCGGGAUUAGCGAUAUGGCCCUUUUUCAUGGCCGUAUUAAGUUGAAAACAAGCCCUCCCUGAUCAUCUAUACCCCCAAGCACUUCUUUCCGUUACUGCUGCUACCCAUCCUGACACCAAGGUCAUUAUAACCCCCUAUAUACACCAACGACAAUGUCUCUCAAACAAACGGUCAUAGGGCUCCUUGCGAGCGCUUACGCCAUCAUCGUGGUAUCAGCACAAAGGAGUAUCACGUAUGCAGAUGGCAUCGUGGUCCCUGCAUCGGUUCCAACAGUCACCGGCAUCGAUGUCUCCCGUGGCUCGUUCACAGGCACACCAACUGUUACUGGCGCUUUGUCGGGAACGGCCAUUUUGGGGACGGCUAUCUCGCCCAAGCCUGCUCCGGCAAAUGCAACAACGUAUCCUAGCGAUGGACGGCUUCAUGAUCCCCAGCCUGCUCCAUACGUCCCCGGAGGCGGCCUUGGGACGAAUGGCACAAUGCCCGUUUAUAAUGCGAAGAGUGACUAUGAUUUCCAAUCUCUUGCGCUCGCCCUGUACUUCAAAUGGAUAGAGCUCGAUCUCCUCGACUACGGCUUAUCCCACUUCUCCCAAAAAGAAUUGACAAACGCCAACCUGUCCAGCGAAGACCGCUAUCUCAUUAGUUUCAUGAGCGAGCAAGUAGUCGGCCACGCAACGAUGCUCACCAACAUCCUCGGCCGCGCCGCGCCCAAGCAAUGCAACUACAACUAUCCAAACUUCACCGACGUCCGCGAAUGGCUCGACUUCUCCCAGAAACUCAUCCGCAACAACGAGGCCGGCGUCUACGGCUUCCUCCCGCACCUCACCUCGCGCGAAGCAGCCGCUCUGGUCCUGCGCUCUGUAACCGUCACGGCCCGCCAGCAGGUAAUCUUCCGCCAAUUCGAAGGCCUCUUCCCCAUGCCCGUGUGGUUCGAAGUCGGCAUCCCGCAGUCGUGGGCCUGGUCCCUGCUGGCGCCCUACAUCGCCUCGUGCCCCACAACCAACCAGUCGCGGCUGGUCUGGCAGAACUUCCCCGCGCUGCGCGUGCUCAGCCAGCCCAACCCGUUCCGCACCAACGGCUCCGCCGCCGUCAACGAGACUCUGGGCCCCUGGCUCAACUCGGCGAACUUCACCGAGAUCCCGCCGCGGCAGCGCUGCAAUGUCUCCGAGUGCGGGCCAGCCAUCACGCAGAACCGCUCCAUCCCGCUCUCCCGCCCGGGCCGCCCGGUGCGCCUGCAGUGGGAGGCGCCGGGAAAACCUGUCGGCCCGGGCAAUGGCUAUGUCACCCAUUCCAGCGCGGCGGGCCCGCCGGCGUUUGUGGCGUGGGUGACGCAGCUGAAUGUGACGUAUUCGCCGCUAACGGAUGUGGUCAUGAUGGGUGGAGGUGUGGGGAACGCGACUAAUUCAACCACAGGCGGCGGCGGCGGUGGUGGUCGUGGUGGUCGUGGUAGUGGCCGUAGGGCCCACGGCCGCAUAGAGUUCCUAGAUCCCCGGCAGGUUAGUGAUAACGGGACUACUGGCGGUGGUGGUGGUGGUGGUGGUGCUGCAGGGAGCGGGCUCACGAUACAACCAGACCUCUCGACGUACGAGGGCGACCCGGCGAUCAACGGGACGAUUUUCAUUGCGCUUACGGAUUCGAAUCCGUUCCUUACGCCGUUUAAUUUGAGUUUGAUUAAUCCGCAUGUUGUGGCGGGGCCGGCGGUUUAUCAGGCUGGGUAAAGAAAGGGGGGGUUAAUAAGUGAGGGAGACAGGGGGGUGGGGGGAUUGACUUUGUUUCUAAUCGUUUCGGAGGAGAGGAUGUAUGUAUACUCUUAAAAAGUUAUUUGUUGCUUUUGGGUGUGGUGGGGUUGAAGGAGGGGGAGGGUGUAUGAAAAGGGGAAGGGGAGAAUGAUGAUAAGACAGGAUAGUUGUUGAGCAUGUGUAACUUAUGAUUUUCCACAUAUAUAGUUAUUCAUUUUUCUGUCUCUUGGAAUUAUAAACUGUGCAUGUAUAUGUAAAUACAUGUAGUUAGGUGAGAGAGAUUCAAGAGUUUGAUAGUUUGAUAUUUAGCUGCUAUCAAUCCACACUGAUAUAACAUACAUAUAUAACAUGGCAAGUUAGAAGUUAA